GCAGAUGGGCACUUAACCUUUGUACCCAAAGAAAACGUCGAAGAGAUCGAGAAGAAGUGAAACCUUUACCACACUGCACUAUGGCAAAGCAUCAUCCUGACUUGAUCAUGUGCAGAAAACAACCUGGAGUAGCCAUUGGCCGUUUAUGUGAAAAGUGUGACGGCAAGUGUGUAGUGUGUGACUCGUACGUGCGCCCGUGUACUCUAGUGAGGAUCUGUGAUGAAUGCAACUAUGGCUCAUAUCAGGGAAGAUGUACCAUCUGUGGAGGGCCUGGAGUGUCGGACGCCUACUACUGCAAGGAGUGUACUAUCUGUGAGAAAGAUCGUGAUGGAUGCCCAAAGAUUGUCAAUCUAGGAAGUUCAAAGACUGAUCUGUUUUAUGAGAGAAAGAAGUACGGUUUCAAGAAAAGAUAACUGUCUAAGAACACACUUAGCAUGUUCCUCUUGAUAUUCUAUUAUCUGACUUUGUACUAAUGAUUUAUUAUUCUGUCGAUCUUUGCCCAAA